AGGAUGAUGAGGGGUCGGCGCUGAGACUGGGAGGUGGGGUCAGUCUGACGCCGGCAAGAGUCCGGGCUGGACAGGGAAUCCAGCGCUACCAUGUCCACACAGCGACUGCGGAACGAAGACUACCACGACUACAGCUCCACCGACGUGAGCCCCGAGGAGAGCCCAUCGGAUGGCCUGAGCAACUUCUCCUCCGGCUCCUACCAGCGCUUCGGGGAAGGAAACAGCACAACAUGGUUCCAGACCUUGAUCCACCUGUUAAAAGGCAACAUUGGCACGGGACUCCUGGGGCUGCCUCUGGCAGUGAAAAAUGCUGGCCUCUUGAUGGGUCCCCUCAGUCUGCUGGUGAUUGGCAUUGUGGCUGUGCAUUGCAUGGGGAUCCUGGUGAAGUGUGCCCACCACUUCUGCCGCAGAAUGAACAAGCCCUUCGUGGAUUAUGGGGAUACGGUGAUGUAUGGACUAGAAUCCAGCCCCAGCUCCUGGAUCCGGAACCACGCACACUGGGGAAGGCACGUUGUGGAUUUUUUCCUGAUUGUCACGCAGCUGGGCUUCUGCUGUGUGUAUUUUGUGUUUCUGGCCGACAACUUUAAACAGGUGAUAGAAGCAGCCAACGGGACCACCAACGACUGCCACAACAAUGAGACAGUGGUCCUGACGCCCACCAUGGACUCGCGGCUCUACAUGCUCUCCUUCCUGCCCUUCCUGGUGCUGUUGGUUUUCAUCCGGAACCUCCGCAUCCUGUCCAUCUUCUCCCUGCUGGCCAACCUUUCCAUGUUAGUCAGCCUGAUCAUGAUCUACCAGUUCAUUGUUCAGGCCAUCCCAAACCCCAGCAACCUCCCCUUGGUGGCACCCUGGAAGACCUACCCCCUGUUCUUUGGCACAGCUAUCUUUGCGUUUGAAGGCAUCGGGAUGGUUCUGCCCCUUGAAAAUAAAAUGAAGGAUCCCCGGAAAUUUCCAGUCAUCCUGUACACAGGGAUGGCCAUCGUCACCACCCUCUACAUCAGCCUGGGGUGCCUGGGCUACCUGCAGUUUGGAGCUAAAAUCCAAGGCAGCAUCACCCUCAACCUGCCCAACUGCUGGUUGUACCAGUCGGUUAAACUGCUCUACUCCAUCGGGAUCUUCUUCACCUACGCGAUCCAGUUCUAUGUCCCAGCCGAGAUCAUCAUCCCCUUCUUCGUGUCACGAGUGCCCGAGCACUGCGAGUUGGUGGUGGACCUGUUUGUACGCACAGUGAUGGUCUGUCUGACAUGUGUCCUGGCCAUCCUCAUCCCCCGCCUGGACCUGGUCAUCUCCCUGGUGGGCUCCGUGAGCAGCAGCGCCCUGGCCCUCAUCAUCCCGCCCCUCCUGGAGAUCACCACCUUUUACUCCGAGGGCCUGAACCCCCUCACCAUUGCCAAGGACGCGCUGAUCAGCAUCCUGGGCUUCACGGGCUUUGUGGUAGGGACUUAUGAGGCCCUCUACGAGCUGAUCCAGCCGAGCAACAUUCCCAUCAUCGUCAACGCCACCAGUGCCUUUGCAUAGUGAUCCGGGUGUCUUCUCGGUACCUGCUCCCCUCCACUGCUGUGUGUCCCCCAGCACCCGUCCCUGAUCCUUAGGGAUGGGCCAGGCUCUGGUGGGGGAAGGGCAGGAUUGCUUACUGGGCACCACUCUGCCUGGUGCCUGGGUACCCUAGGCCAGGUAAGACUGAAGGCAGGGGCAAGGUGGGUAGGCAGACACGUGGGAGGUACCACUAGUAGCAGUGCUGUCACUGUUCAUUUGUACUUGUUUUAACUCAGAACUUUUCCGCUCUGCCCUCAUCAUUCCCCCGCCCUGACCAGCCUCACCCGGGUGACUGCACAGCUCACUUUAUUUCAGGAUGUAGUGGCCCUGACCUCAUGUUUUCUCCUUUGCUAGGCCAGGCCUAGAUUAUCUAAGUGGGAUGUCUCCUUGUGAAACAAGGACUCUCCCUCAUCUGUCUCCUAGAUACUGUUCCUCAGAAUUUUCCUUCCUGCCCAAGUAUCCGUGGGGUGCUUGCACCUGCCCAGGGCUUGCAAACCUGCGCCCCAAGGAUGGGGCCUUGACCCUCCCUCUGUGUGUGUGUGUGUGUCCCGCUGCGACCCCUGGUGCAGAGACCUUCUCUUGGAUCCCUCCAGGUGGGACACAAUACUGGAUUCUGAUUUGCUUUAGCUCUUAAAAGACAAAGUGCUGCCUCAGUGGAAAGCAUUAACAUCGUAUUUAAAGUGUAGCUCUUGGUUUUUAGACUCUUAACUGUAAAUCUAAGUCACAAGGAAUGACUUGCUUCCGUUGUGAAACCUUACCCAGCCUCUCCUGCUCCAGGGAGCGUCAUUGUGGGUCCUCAGCGCCCCCUGCUGGAGAUCUGGAGCUCUGACUCAGGAUCAGCUGCUUGGGGCGGGUGGGAGAGGCUUGUGCUAUGUCCCCACCCCCACACCCUCAUUGAGCAUCUGGCUUUCAUCUUGUGAAGAUACUGCAGAUCUCAGGAAGGACCUGGGGCCAGUAGAAGGAUGGUGGCGCCAAGGCAUGUCUGUAGGGGAGGCUCCUCAUGUGGUAUUUGUGUGCAUCCAAGCCUGUUUCUCAGCCUCCACCCCAGACAACCCAAAGGGGUCGCAGUAUUCCGUUGCCCCCAUUGUGGUGGGAAGACACCUGCAGUGGCCAGGUGUGUGCUUGGAGUUGGAAGUGCGAUCCAUAGAGGUCUGAUGCUGUGUGUUGCUCAUUUGUUUACAAGCACUAGGGACAAGGGAAGGGACCCCGUGCUGCCUCUGUGACCUGGCCUGGAAAGGAGUCACUGAGCACUAACGGUGACCCCUGAGCUUCCCCCACUGGCCUCCCUCAGUGUCACCUCCAGGUCCGCCUGCAGAGGGUAGAAGGGAAAGGGGAUCCAUUGCCUUGCCUUGGGCCGCGUCUUCCCUGCGAGUGUAAGGCAGACACGUUCUGUGAGCCCCGUUGUCAGCAAUGUGGGCGAAAGCACGGCAGGCAGGGCAGGUUCUCUGCCUCAUUUUGUCUCCAGGCCUUCACAACCCCUCACCCCCCCGCCCCCCCGCCCUUGCAGCCCUUCUCCUCCUGUCAGUUAAGGGAGAAGCGGCAGGUGCCUGUCCGGGUUUUGUUCUUGUGUCUUCACCAAAGCUCAUCGGGGCUGGGCCCUGCCCUCAUGGCCCCAGCUUUUUCUUUUUCUUCUAUCGCAAAGUCAGUAGAGCUGACUUCCCGGGGUGAGGGCAGGAAAAGCAGUUGCCUGUGAAGGCAGCAGCUCCUAACCUACCUGAUGUCUUACUUCCCUGGGCAGUCACUGGCCUUGUUUUUCUGUAGAAUAGCGCUUUCCGGCUCUCCAUGGUCUCUGCUUUCUAACAGGUGCUCUUGUGGGACCCAGAGUCUUGCAGGGAUUCAUGGAGACCCCGCCAUCUGACAUCUCCAGCUCAGAGGUUACCAGAGGGGGCUCAGAGGCUGUCAUCUUCCAAGCUUGGGCUCUGGCAGCUCAGCUGCCAGCCUUGCUGUUGUCCCCAGCUGCCCUGGAAUCUGCCUAUGGUUGGAAGGUGUGUGCUGUGGUUGGGAGUCCAGGCUUGGGGCUUGCCCGGAGCUUCUCUUGGAGUGUCCGUGUACUUGGAGUUGCUGGAAGCAGUUCUGCCUGCACGAGGGCUGAGAUGCUGGCUCCUGGGGACUAGGCAGCAGAGUGCUGGGGUUCUGCAGUUCUCAGCAGAGUGCUUCAAGACACCGAGCCCCAAGAGCAUGGCAUGUGGGAGAGGUGUCUCCAGGCUUGGGCUCGCUGCAAGCUGGCUCGGCAUGGUAGUGCCUGCCAACUUUCCUGUGUGCCUGUCGCCCCGGCAGCCUGGCUGAGCAGCUGCAUGGCUUGCAACAUCUCUUUUCCUCUACAAACAACCCUGGAGUCUCUGCUGGGGCGCGAUCCCCACGGCUUUAGGAGUCUGAGAAGCCCGCCUCAUGUAGCCAUGGCUGUUUGGGUGCCAGCUUCCCAGCCCUUGUCUGUGCCCUGCCCCCUGACCCCUGGUGAGAAAGCACCAGGCUGAGUAGAUGCCUGAUCACAGAGCCACACAGUGGAGGCUCCGCACUGUGGGGCAGUGUCUGCCGGACUGGAGGCUAACUGUGGGGUUUCCGGGCAGGCACUGCUGCACCCUGUGUCCCCAUACCCAGUUCAGCCGCACAUUUCCAUGAGCCCAGAAGGAGCCUUCUCAGAGCCUUGUCCUGCUUCCCCCUCUGCAAACACUGCCGUUGGGGGCAGGCGGCUGAGAAGGGAUGACCUGGCAUUGUCAUCCACUUUGCCUGGGAGUUGUCACCCACACAAGUGGUAUCAUGUAGAUUGUGCAGCUGUCCAGCUGCUGGGAGCCCUUCAUCCGACUAGGUGUGACUUAGCCCAGCCUGCACCCCUGCCCAGCUCCCCUCGGCCACACUUGCUUGCCGGUGCUCACUAGCCCCUUUACCCUCAUGGAAGAUAGGGUUCUCAUGGUUAGUGAUAAAUUGCUGCUCCCAAGCAGGGAUACUAGAAAAGCUGUCCCCCGCCCCUCCCCCCACUGUUCUCUUACCUUCCUGUUGCUCACUUCCUAUAAUAUCAGUGGAUGUGUUUAACACUACAUGCUCACCUCAUAUUUUGGGGAAGUGCAAAAAAGAAAUCUCAGUGUAUGUCUGUUUACAGCUCUCUGUACUUACUACGCACAGCAGAGGGGUCCGUGCCAGGGGUUUUACUUGAUAGCCAAGGAGACGACCAGGCAGGCUCGGCUUU